CGGCCGCCUCUGCCCGGCUGGAAAGGCAGGAAAUAGCGGCCACGUGGCUCAGCAGGGAGCAGCCUGCACGGGCAAAUCUCCUUCUCAAAGCUGCGUGUCCUCUGCGUGUUAAUGAACCGGGACGAGCUUCCCCACUACUUUUAGGAGGAAAACCUCUGAAAAGGUUUCAUGAUUGGUCAUUCCCACAGGAUCGGAGCUGGAGCCUUCCACUAGCAUUUUACUUUAUACAUGUCACCUUAGUCGGCCAGCUCCCUCUUUGGGCCAUUAUGACAUAAAAAGAGGAAUGCGGGGUGAAUUGUUAAAUCCUUGCCGAUGUGAUGGGUCAGUACGGUACACACAUCAAUUGUGCCUGUUAAAGUGGAUUAGUGAAAGAGGGUCAUGGACCUGUGAGCUCUGCUGUUACAGAUACCAUGUAAUAGCAAUUAAAAUGAAAAAACCUUGCCAGUGGCAAAGCAUUACUAUAACACUGGUUGAGAAAGUGCAGAUGAUUGCUGUAAUCCUAGGAUCUCUGUUCUUAGUAGCAAGUGUGACUUGGCUUCUCUGGUCAGCCUUCAGCCCCUAUGCAGUAUGGCAAAGAAAGGACAUCCUUUUUCAAAUCUGCUAUGGAAUGUAUGGUUUUAUGGAUCUAGUGUGCAUAGGACUAAUUGUACAUGAAGGUGCAUCAGUUUACAGAGUGUUUAAGCGCUGGAGGGCUGUUAAUCUUCACUGGGAUGUAUUAAAUUACGAUAAAGCUACAGACAUAGAAGAGAGCAAUCGAGGAGCAUCUUCACCGGGUAGGACAUUGUGGUUACCACUAACUGCAUUUAGAAACAGAAAUUUAAUCCAUCCAACACAGUUAACCUCUCCAAGAUUUCAGUGUGGCUAUGUAUUGUUACAUCUGUUUAAUCGAAUGAGACCUCAUGAGGAUUCAUCAGAAGAUAACAGUUCUGGAGAGGUUGUGAUGAGAGUGACUUCAGUGUAAAGAUUAUGCUCACUGUGCUACACAAAUACGGAUAAUGUGCCCUGGACUUUACAGUAUUUAGGAAUGUAGUUGCAAUGAAUGGUGAUACCACAGCACUUCUAAAAAUAUUUACAACUUUUUAAACAUUUAAUGCUUUUUAUAUGAUCAAUUGAAUUGCAAAUACAUUUUUCUGAAAAAAAGUUGUU